GCCAAGAAAAAAAAAAAAACAACGAAGAAGAUUAACCGGAAGGGACGUUAUGGCUUAUUUCUAGAAAGUAAGGAAGAGGUUGUGGUGACCGCACAACUCCAGACGGAGAUGGAGUCUGAGACCCUCUCAGCUGCUGUGGCGGACACCUCGAAAGUGUCCGAGACCAGAGAAACCACUACAGACCAGGAGGAAGACUGUUUCUAUGACUGUGAGGACAAGUUACCUGGAGAAGAUGGACACACUGACAUUAAACGCACAGAGAGCGAGCACAGCGUCAAGCAGGGGUCAGAUCACAGGACGGACACCUUGAAUGGCAUUGACCGUUUGUGUUUGGAUAGCACAUCAACGGAGGAUACUGAAGGGCAUGAGGACCAAUCGGCUGAAAAGAGACGUGACUCAUUAACAAAAGACCUAAGUCAUGAGAAAGAUGAAAUAGAGAAAGAACAGGAGAAAUGGGAGGGGCUUGUGGAGAGCGAUGAGCAGAGAGAGGGCGACUCUGAUUCAGAGUUUAAAGAAGAGACGGUCAGUGUGAACGAACAUGAUGAGGAAUACCUGCGUGAACUGGAGAAAGACCUGACGGAAGAAGAAAAAGAGAGCAGAAGAAAGGAGAGUUUAGAGCUGAAGGAGAAGGGCAACACAGAGUUUAAGAGUGGAGAGCACCUGUCGGCUGAAGAGUCCUAUACGGCCGCUCUGAGAGUGUGUCCUGUGUGCUACAGUAAAGAGAGAUCCAUACUCUUCUCUAAUCGAGCCGCUGCACGCCUGCAUCAGGAUAAAAAAGACAGCGCUAUCAGUGACUGCUCUAAAGCCAUAGAACUAAACCCUAAUUAUGUCCGUGCCAUUCUGCGGAGAGCAGAACUCUACGAGAAGACCGACAAGCUCGAUGAAGCUCUAGAGGACUACAAAACUGUCUUGGAGAAAGACCCGGGCCUCCCUGCAGCUAGAGAGGCCUGUGUGAGACUGCCACGGCAAAUUGAGGAGCGAAAUGAGAAGCUGAAAGAAGAGAUGAUGAGUAAGCUGAAGGACUUGGGGAACAUGGUUUUACGACCCUUUGGUCUCUCCACUUCCAACUUCCAGGUCAACCAAGACUCCAACACAGGAUCCUACUCCAUUAAUUUUGUUCAGAAUCCCAAUAACAACAACAGAUAGCAACCUAGAGUCUUUUUAUAGAGCGACACAAGCGUCAUCUGCCCCAUUCAAGCGUUCGUUCAUUCAUAUUCCUGGUCUGUACUUAUUAAUUGAUGCAAAUAAUGUUAGCAGUUUCCGUUUGAUUUGACCAAUUACAUUGUCAGCUCAUGUCAAGUGGCUUUUGAAUGCUGGGGAACUUUUAAGCUUGUAUUGAACACACACUCAGUUGUUUGGCAUGCCCAGAGUGUUACAUUUGCUGGUGUCAGUGAUCCACAGAAUGUCAGUCCUGAGCAAUGAAAUGAUGGCCUUCAUUACUCCAUGUUUACCUGCGUUCACAUUAAACCAGCGAUUAAGAUCCUG